AUGCAACUUCUCAGCUUGGUCAUUCUAGCCGUGGCGUCGUGUGCUUCUGCCACGCCCGUCAGUCAAGAUGCGGAGGCUGCCGUCCCUCAACAGCCGGGCGUCACAUUUUACGAGUUGACUUACUACAGCGGCUACAGCUACGAAGUUACCUCUUUCGGACAGUGCUCGCGGCUUCCCCGACGACUGUCUCUAAAAGCAGCUUCUGUUUAUUUUAAAAACCGCGCAGUCAGCUGCAUAGUCUUCAAAAACCGCCAAUGCACCCCUGAGCGGUUGAAUGAUGGACUUCAGCAGUCAUUUCCUGAUCUCAGAGCCAUUAGGCUUAAUGAUAAAAUUGCAUCUGUAAUCUGUACUCCAGAUGCCUAA